AUGAUGGAGGAGAACCAAGAUGCCGAAGCGACGAGCGCAAAAACUUCGCCUGAGGCAACUUCCAUUCCUCUUGUCCUACCUCUAGACAAUUUGCGUCCCCAGCAGGAUGAUCGAAGUCAAGAAGGCCACUCAAUCUCAUCACCUGAUCAUAUCGUCUCUCCUGUUUCGUCUUCGCGCGGUAAUCAUGAUGAAGAAACAUCCUCUAUCAUUGACUUGGUCCUCGAGGCAACACGAAAUCUGCAUCAGCUCAGAGAACACCGAGACGGAGUCCCAACAGAUGUCCAUGAGCGAAUCCUGCAAAUGUACGAAGAAAAGGAACCGGGGUUUCCUCAGAAUCUACGGUGA